AGCGCUGGCUGGCUAAGUCCCUCCCGCGCCGGCUCUCGUCCCACUAGGAGCAGCUCCGUGCAGCGGGGACAGGGCGAAGCGGUCUGCGCCCACGGAGCGCACGUCUCUUGCUCGCAACUCAGCGCUGCCCUUGCCCCCUCGGCUGCCCACUCCAGACGUCCAGCGGAUCCGCGCGCGCACGAUGCCCUCGGCCACCAGCCACAGCGGAAGCGGCAGCAGGUCGUCGGGACCGCCGCCGCCGUCCGGCUCCUCCGGGAGUGAGGCGGCGGCCGGGGCAGCUGCGCCGGCUUCCCAGCAUCCGGCAACCGGCACCGGCGCGGUCCAGACCGAGGCCAUGAAGCAGAUUCUCGGGGUGAUCGACAAGAAACUUCGGAACCUGGAGAAGAAAAAGGGAAAACUUGAUGAUUACCAGGAACGAAUGAACAAAGGGGAAAGGCUCAAUCAAGAUCAGCUGGAUGCUGUAUCUAAGUAUCAGGAAGUCACAAAUAAUUUGGAGUUUGCAAAGGAAUUACAGAGAAGUUUCAUGGCAUUAAGUCAAGAUAUUCAGAAAACAAUAAAGAAAACGGCACGUCGGGAACAGCUUAUGAGAGAAGAAGCAGAACAGAAGCGCUUAAAAACUGUCCUUGAGCUGCAGUAUGUGUUGGAUAAGCUGGGAGAUGACGAAGUGAGAACUGACCUGAAACAAGGCUUGAGUGGAGUGCCAAUACUGUCUGAAGAGGAGCUGUCACUGCUGGACGAGUUCUACAAGUUGGUAGAACCUGAGCGGGACAUGAGUUUAAGGUUAAAUGAACAAUAUGAACAUGCCUCCAUUCACUUGUGGGAUUUGCUGGAAGGGAAAGAAAAGCCUGUAUGUGGAACAACCUAUAAAGCUCUAAAGGAAAUUGUUGAGCGUGUCUUUCAGUCAAACUACUUUGACAGCACUCACAACCACCAAAAUGGGCUGUGUGAGGAGGAAGAGGCAGCUUCAGCACCUACAGUGGAAGACCAGGUAGCUGACGCUGAACCUGAGCCAACUGAAGAGUACACAGAGCAAAGUGAGGUUGAAUCAACAGAGUACGUCAAUAGGCAAUUCAUGGCAGAAACACAGUUCAGCAGUGGUGAGAAGGAGCAAGUGGAUGAGUGGGCAGUUGAAACAGUUGAGGUGGUAAACUCACUCCAGCAGCAACCUCAGGCUGCAUCUCCUUCAGUACCAGAGCCCCAUUCACUGACUCCAGUGGCUCAGUCAGAUCCACUUGUAAGACGGCAGCGAGUACAAGAUCUUAUGGCACAAAUGCAGGGGCCUUAUAAUUUCAUACAGGAUUCAAUGUUGGAUUUUGAAAAUCAGACGCUUGAUCCUGCCAUUGUAUCAGCACAGCCUAUGAACCCUACACAAAACAUGGAUAUGCCUCAGCUGGUUUGCCCACAGGUUCAUUCUGAAUCUAGACUUGCCCAACCUAAUCAAGUUCCUGUACAACCAGAAGCCACACAGGUUCCUUUGGUUUCCUCCACCAGCGAGGGGUAUACAGCACCUCAACCCUUGUACCAGCCUUCUCAUGCACCAGAGCAGCGGCCACAAAAGGAGCCAAUCGACCAGAUUCAGGCAACAAUAUCUUUGAAUACAGACCAGACUACAGGAUCAUCAUCCCUUCCUGCUGCUUCUCAGCCUCAAGUGUUCCAGACUGGGACAAGUAAGCCUUUGCAUAGCAGUGGAAUCAAUGUAAAUGCAGCUCCGUUCCAAUCUAUGCAAACGGUGUUCAAUAUGAACGCUCCAGUUCCUCCUGUUAACGAACAAGAGACUUUAAAGCAGCAGAGUCAGUACCAGGCCAGUUAUAACCAGAGUUUUUCCAGUCAGCCGCACCAAGUGGAACAAACAGAACUUCAACAAGACCAGCUGCAAACGGUGGUUGGAACUUACCAUGGUUCCCAGGACCAGCCCCAUCAAGUACCUGGGAACCACCAGCAGCCCCCCCAGCAGAACACUGGGUUUCCACGUAGCAGCCAGCCUUAUUACAACAGUCGAGGUGUGUCCCGAGGAGGGUCUCGUGGUGCCAGAGGCUUGAUGAAUGGAUACAGGGGCCCUGCCAAUGGAUUUAGAGGAGGAUAUGAUGGUUACCGCCCUUCAUUCCCGAACACUGCAAACAGUGGCUACACACAGUCUCAGUUCAGUGCUCCCCGGGACUACUCUGGCUACCAGCGGGAUGGAUAUCAGCAGAAUUUCAAGCGAGGCUCUGGGCAGAGUGGACCACGGGGAGCCCCACGAGGUCGUGGAGGGCCCCCAAGACCCAACAGAGGGAUGCCGCAAAUGAACACUCAGCAAGUGAAUUAAUGUGAUUCACAGGAUUAUGUUUAAUCGCCAAAAACACACUGGCCAGUGUACUAUAAUAUGUUACCAGAAGAGUUAUUGUCUAUCUGUUCUCCCUUUCAGGAAACUUACUGUAAAGGGACUGUUUUCAUCCCAUAAAGACAGGACUACAAUUGUCAGCUUUAUAUUACCUGGAUAUGGAAGGAAACUAUUUUUACUCUGCAUGUUCUGUCCUAAGCGUCAUCUUGAGCCUUGCACACGAUACUCAGAUUUCUCACCCUUGCUUAGGAGUAAAACAUUAUAUACUUAUGGGGUGAUAAUAUCUCCAUAGUUAUUUGAAGUGGCUUGAAAAAAAAAAUGCAAGUUUGACUUUCUGACAUUGGAUAAAAUCUA